AUGACCGUCAUGGUAGAGACGCCCAAGGGAAAGGCUCCCGAGCAAUUGUCACCGGCCCUCGCCACUAACGAGUCACCACAUCCGACUAAUUCAUCACCGGCGCCCAUCACCACCACCAGCACCACCACCAACACCAACACCAAAAUCCCACUCACACAGACGACAGCCAACCCCAACCCCAACCCAGAAGCCACCACCAGCCAACAACAACAACAUCAACAACCACCACAACCAGCACCACCACAUCAACAACAACCACAACAACAACAACAACAACAACAACAAUACGACACUGCAACCAACAACGAUGCCGCAGCUGACCCCUUCAGCCUCAACGACGAGUACGCCUACACGCCGCGCAAGAAGCUGCGCGUCGUCACCAUCGGCGCCGGCUUCAGCGGGCUGCUGAUGGCGCACAAGUUCCAGCACCGCUUCCGUGAGAUGCGCGAGCUGGUCCAGCACACCAUCUUCGAGGCCCUGCCCGAGGUGGGCGGCACGUGGCUGGUGAACAACUACCCGGGCGUCCAGUGCGACGUGCCCGCCCACAUCUACGCCUUCCCCUUCGACCCCAACCCCAACUGGGAUCGGUUCUACGCCUCGGGGGCCGACAUCCUCGCCUACAUCAAGGCCACGGUCAAGAAGUGGGGCCUGGACAGGGACCUGCACCUCAACACGCGCGUCGUCGGCGCCAGAUGGCUCGAGGACCGGGGCCAGUGGCGCCUGACCGUGUCGCACGCCGGCGUCGAGCGCGACGAGUACUGCGACGUCCUGGUCUCGGGCCAGGGCGUGCUCGUGCACGAGAACUGGCCCAAGAUCCCCGGCCUGCACGGCGAGGGGGCCGUCUUCAAGGGCCACAUCACCCACUCUGCCCGCUGGGACCACGACUACGACUACAGCAACAAGCGCAUCGCCGUCAUCGGCAACGGCGCCAGCGGCAUCCAGAUCAUGCCGCAGAUGGCCAAGCUGCCCGGCACCACCGUCACGAACUUCAUCCGCGGCCCUUCCUGGGUCUACUACCGCGCCCCGCCGUCCAAGCACCUGGGCCGGGACAUCGACGACCUGAACCCGCAGUACACCGACGAGGACAAGGCCAAGUUCCAGGAUCCGCAGAAGCACCUCGAGCACCGAAAGAACAUCAUCUCCACCACCAACAGGUCCUUUUACGUCCUCAUCAAGGGCGAGAACAACAAGGCCGCCAUGGAGGCCGCCGCCGCCCAGAUGGCCGAGAAGCUCAACCACGACAAGAGGUUGUGCGAGAUGCUGAUCCCCAAGUAUGAGAUGGGCUGCAAGCGCAUAACCCCGGGGCCCGGAUACCUGGAGAGCUUCAGCAAGCCAAACGUACACUUGACCAACAGCCCCGUGGUCAAGGUGACGGAGAAUGCCAUACACACAGCCGAUGGCCAGGUCCACGAGGUGGAUGUCAUCAUCUGCGCAACCGGCUUUGACGUCUCCCACUGUCCGCGGUAUCCCAUCGUCGGCCUAGAUCAAACCGUCGACCUCGCCACCCAGUGGAGUGACUCACCAGACAGCUACCUGAGCGUGGCCGUGCCCAACUACCCCAACUUCUUCCUCUUCAUGGGCCCGCGGUGCCUGGGCGGAGCCGGCUCGCUCGUCGAGUCGCUCAACUGGACGGGCGACUACAUCGCCAAGUGGGUCCGGAAGAUGGCGACCGAAGACAUCAAGUACGUGCACCCAAAACUCGACAAGACGCUCGACUACAUGCGCUACGGCGACGAGAUUCACAAGCGCCUCGUCUGGAGCGGCGGCUGCUCCAGCUGGUAUAAGCGCGGCACCAAGGACGGCAAGGUCACGGCCCUGUUUGGCGGCGGGGUGCAGCUCUUCCUGCGGCUGCUCAGCGAGAUCCGCGCCGAGGACUUUGAGAUCGUCUACAGGACCGAGAACCCCUGGCGGUUUAUGGGCAAUGGCUUCUUGGAAUGGGAGUUCCAGGACGGCAUCGACCUGUCAUGGUAUGUCGAGAAGGCCGAGACUAUGGACGCCGAGGUCGCGAACCACGACGGUCCACCAGUGACCAAGUGGGUGAGGCGUGAGGCACAAAAAGUGCCCGAGGGAGCACCAGGGUGGGCGCGGGUCUGA